AUGGCUGGUGAAGCGCCUGUUAUUCCUCUGCUUACACCAUACAAGAUGGGAAAUUUCAAUCUAUCACAUAGAAUUGUUUUGGCUCCCUUGACUAGACAGAGAUUUUACAGUGAUGAACCUCAGCCGCAUGCAAUCUUAUAUUACUCUCAAAGAACUUCCAAAGGGGGUCUUCUCAUAGCUGAAUCUGCUGCUAUUUCUAACACUGCUCGAGCGUAUCCUAGAACACCGGGCAUAUGGACGAAGGAGCAAGUAGAAUCAUGGAAACCCAUUGUGGAUGCUGUUCAUGACAAAGGUGGCAUCUUCUUUUGUCAGAUUUGGCACGCUGGAAGGGUUUCAAGUUUAGAGUUUCAGCCAUACGGGCAAGCCCCAAUAUCUUGUACAGACAAAGGAGUGGCUCCACAAAUACGAAGUAAUGGCAUCGAUGUUGUCAGAUAUACCCCUCCAAGAAGAUUGAGAACUUUUGAAAUUCCUCAAAUCAUCAAUGACUUCAGAAUUGCUGCGAUGAAUGCUAUGGAAGCCGGUUUUGAUGGGGUUGAGAUUCAUGGUGCCCAUGGUUAUCUUCUUGACCAAUUUAUGAAAAAUAAAGUCAAUGAUCGAACAGAUAAAUAUGGUGGAUCAUUAGAGAACCGUUGUCGAUUUCCAUUAGAGGUAGUUGAAGCUGUUACAGAUGAGGUAGGAGCAGAAAGAGUAGGAAUUAGAUUAUCUCCUUUUUCAAAUUAUUGUGAAUGUGAAGACUCUAAUCCUCAAGAACUUGGCCUAUACAUGGCCAAUUCCCUAAGCAAAUAUGGUACUUUGUAUUGUCACAUGGUAGAGCCAAGAAUGAAGACUAUUGGAGAAAAAGAUGAUGAGAGCCCUCAUAGUCUUGUGCCCAUAAGAAAGGCCUUUAAUGGAACCUUUAUUGUCGCUGGAGGCUAUGAUCGGAAUGAUGGCAAUCACGCAGUGGUGAAUGACAGGACGGAUCUUGUUGCCUAUGGACGGUUGUUCUUGGCAAAUCCAGAUUUGCCAAAGAGAUUUGAGCUUGAUGCUCCUCUUAACAAGUACAAUAGAGAGACAUUUUAUACUUCUGAUCCUGUGAUAGGAUAUACAGAUUAUCCAUUUCUUGAAGAUAGUUCUUAA